AUGUCUCCCCGGUGUCAAGCUUUCAUAACUAUUAUUCUUGUUUUCAAUGUUUGCGGUAAUCCAAUUUUUCAACCAUCACUGGUACUGGAUAUGGCCAAAGUACUGCUGGAUAAUUACUGCUUCCCAGAAAACCUGGUGGGGAUGCAAGAGACCAUUGAACAAGCCAUUAAAAGUGGGGAGAUUCUUCAUGUAACGGACCCAUAUACUUUAGCCAAUGUCUUUACAGCUGGUGUACAAGGAUCUCUAAAUGAUCCCCGACUGGUGGUCUCUUAUGAGCCUGUGGAGUCUAUACCCAUGGAUGAGAAAGAGGCAGCUUUAACACUGGAGCAGUUGCAGUUCCUAGUGGAACAUUCAAUCAAAUAUGAACUUCUGCCAGGAAAUGUGGGUUAUCUUAGAGUUGACUACAUUAUUGGACAAGAUGUUGUACAGAAACUUGGCUCCUUCCUUGUCAAUAAUGUGUGGAAGAAGCUGAUGGCCAGUUCUGCUCUCAUCUUAGACCUGAGAUAUAGCAGCCAAGGUAAGGUGUCGGGAAUUCCUUUUGUAGUAUCUUACCUUUGUGAAGCUGAGCCAAUGAUACAUAUUGACACUAUUUACAAUCGGCCUUCCAACACCACCACAGAGUUAUAUACUCUGCCAGCAUUGAUUGGUGAGAGGUAUAGUAAAGAAAAAGAUGUUGUUGUACUCACAAGCAGACACACACAGGGCAUUUCAGAAGAUGCUGCUUAUAUACUAAAACACAUGAACAGAGCGAUCACUGUGGGUGAGAGAACGGCAGGUGGGUCACUGGAUGUCCAAAAACUAAAGAUUGGACAGUCAGACUUUUACAUUACUGUUCCUGUUUCUCGGUCUAUCAGCCCUUUGACAGGGCAGAGCUGGGAAGUAGCUGGUGUAUUCCCUUGUGUGAUAGUAAAUGCAGAAGAAGCUCUAGAUAAAGCACAGGCCAUCCUGUCUGUUCGCUUUGCUAUUCCACAGGUUCUCCGUCAACUGAGUCAGAUCCUAGGGAACUUUUAUGCCUUUGCAGACCGUAUACCAAGUUUGUUGCAUCAUCUUCCAAACAUGGAUUAUUCCUCUGUAAUUUCUGAGGAAGAUCUGGCUGCUAAACUCAACUAUGAGCUCCAGUCUGUGACUGAAGACCCUAGACUGGUGCUAAGAGGUAGACAGGAUACACCAGUGAUCACAGAGGAUUUCCCACCAACUGAGAACCUACCAGAGGAUGAAGCAUUCCUUCAAAAUCUGGUCAAUAGUGUCUUCAAAGUGGACAUUCUCCCAGGGAAUAUUGGAUAUCUGAGGUUUGAUGGGUUUGCUGAUAUUACAGUGCUCUCCAAAUUAGGAAAAUAUAUUGUCAACAAAGUAUGGGAUCCAAUAACCAUCACAGACAAUCUCAUUAUAGACUUGCGUUACAACUCUGGGGGUCCAUCUGGAGGUGUGCCCUUAUUGCUGUCCUACUUUCAGGAACCAGAAACCAGGAUCCGCCUUUUCACCAUGUAUGACCGUUUGGCAAAUACCUCAAAGGAGUUUUAUACUUUAUCAGAGCUGAUUGGGAAGCCAUAUGGCUCUAAAAGAGGGGUCUAUGUCCUUACUAGCCACCAAACAGCCACAGCAGCUGAAGAAUUUGCUUACCUGAUGCAGUCCCUUAGUAGGGCAACUAUUAUUGGAGAAAUAACUUCAGGGACAUUAAUGCACUCAAGGACAUUUCAUCUAGAUGGCACAGACUUGACAAUAACUGUGCCAGUUAUCAAUUUAAUUGAUAAUAAUGGUGAGUGUUGGCUGGGUGGUGGUGUAGUUCCAGAUGCCAUUGUCUUAGCAGAAGAAGCACUAGACAAAGCCAAGGAGAUAAUUGCCUUUCACCCGGAAGUCUUUGCACUUGUAGAGGGCACUGGUGAACUUCUUGAAGUACAUUAUGCCAUUCCGGAAGUAGCUAAAAAAGUGAGCAAUGCACUUCAAACUAAUUUAUCUGAAGGUAAAUACCGCUCAGUGGUUGAUUUUGAGUCUCUGGCAUCACAGCUGACUUCUGAUAUGCAGGAGAUCUCAGGGGACCACAGACUUCAUGUCUUCUUUAGUGAUAUUGAGCCAGAGGUUUUGGAGGAUAACCCCCCAAAAAUUCCCUCCCCUGAAGAACUCAGCUACAUCAUUGAAGCAUUGUUUAAGAUUGAAGUCCUUCCAGGAAAUGUGGGAUAUCUACGUUUUGAUAUGAUGGCUGAUGCAGAAAUCAUCAAGGCAAUUGGCCCACAGCUUGUUAGUCUUGUGUGGAAUAAACUAGUGGAUACAAGUUCUCUGAUCAUCGACAUGAGAUAUAACACUGGUGGCUAUUCCACUGCUAUCCCCAUAUUCUGCUCCUAUUUCUUUGAUCCUGAACCUCUCCAACACUUAUACACAGUCUAUGACCGAAGCACCUCUGCUGGCACUGAAAUAUGGACACUUCCAAUUGUAGCUGGUCAGAGGUAUGGCUCCACAAAAGACAUUUAUGUACUCACUAGUCACAUGACAGGAUCUGCUGCUGAAGCAUUUACUAGGUCUAUGAAGGAUCUUAAUAGAGCCACCAUAAUUGGCGAGCCAACUAGUGGAGUUUCACUAUCUGUGGGUGUGUACAAAGUGGGAGAGAGCCAUCUCUAUGUGUCAAUCCCUAACCAAGUGGUUAUAAGCGCUGUGACUGGCAAGGUAUGGAGUGUGUCUGGAUUGGAGCCUCAUGUCAUUAUCCAAGCCAAUGAGGCAAUGAAAGUAGCUCAACGUAUUAUGAACCUGCGGUCCAAGAUCCAAUCUGUAAUUCAGACAGCUGGAAAGUUAGUGGCAGAUAAUUAUGCAUUUGAAGAUACAGGUGCUCUUGUAGCAUCCAAGCUCCUGUCACUGGUAGAGAAAAAGGACUACAAGAUGAUCAAAUCUGAAGUAGAGCUGGCAGAGAAACUGAAUUAUGAUCUCCAAACCCUAUCAGGUGAUGUCCAUCUGAAAGCCCUCUACAUACCAGAAAACUCCAAAGAACAUAUUCCUGGGGUAGUUCCCAUGCAGAUUCCAUCACCUGAUGUGUUUGAAGACCUUAUAAAGUUUUCAUUUCGCACUGAUGUUUUUGACAAGAACAUUGGUUAUAUGAGGUUUGAUAUGUUCGCAGAUUGUGAGCUCCUCAGCCAAGUAUCAGACUUGCUGGUGGAACAUGUCUGGAAGAAGGUUGUGAACACAGAUGCCUUAAUUAUUGAUAUGAGAUUUAAUAUCGGUGGUCCUACAAACUCUAUACCAGCUCUUUGCUCAUAUUUCUUGGAUGAGGGGACGCCUGUUCUUCUGGAUAAAGUCUACAGCCGGACAGCCAACGCUGUCACCGAUGUGUGGAGUAUCCCACAGCUUGCAGGGUCUUCCUAUGGCUCAAUGAAAAGUCUGAUCAUCCUAACAAGCUCCAUGACACAGGGAGCCGCAGAGGAGUUUGUGUACAUUAUGAAGAGGUUGGGCAGGGCAUAUGUGGUAGGGGAGGUGACCAGUGGUGGAUGCCAUCCCCCACAGACCUACCAUGUGGAUGAUACUCAUCUCUACCUCACUAUUCCCACAUCCCGUUCUGCUAGUGCUGAAGAUGGAAUGUCUUGGGAAGGCAAAGGUGUGGCACCAGAUUUGGUCAUUCCUUCUGAAAGCGCACUCAUGAAAGCACGAGAAAUCUUGGAAGCUCAACUACUGGCAUCCAGAUAGAGUGAAUAGAAUACUGUGUCUGAUGCUACAAAAGAAAAUAUCUAGAAUG